UAGUGAAGUAUCUACAAGUGUGAAGAAGUACCAAGGAGGACCUAAGAAGCGAUACAAAGCGGAACAGUUCAAAAGAAGAAGAAGAAGGCGCUGAAGGGCUGUACUCGGCGCAAACACCUGGCCGAUCAGCUGACGUGGGCUGGGCGUUGACUCCUCGCUGUUUUCCCGUGCCCGCACCGCCCUCCCGUGUGGGUCUAAUGGCCGUCACCUGUAUCUAGGGACGUCCCGGGGUGAUGAUGUUACUACUGCCGCGGCCACAGUGCAAGGUGGUGAGUACAAGGUUGCGUGCACCGCUAGGUUUUUGACAGCCAAGCUGAUGUUUGAUUCUUACCGCCAUGACAAGCAAGAGGGAGUUACUAGCAACCAUAGAAAAACAAAGGGACCAAAUUUCAAAGUAUGAAACAAAGUUGAAAGAUGUAGUGAGAGCUUAUAAAGGACUUUUGAAAGAGAAGGAGGCCCUUGAGGCCAGUUUAUCUGCUCUAGCAGAGACCUCCAGUAGCAAACCAAAGCCAAGCAGUGAUGGUGCUGCUGAGCCGACAGAGGGGCAGCAGCCUCCUGAGGGUGAGGGAGAAGGGGAAGCCUCGGCAAAUGCAGAACCAAAGGACAGCAAUACAGAAGCAAGCACAUCAAAAGAUGCUGAAGACCUAAAGAAUAAAAUAGUUGCUUUAACCUCUGCUCUAAACACAGUAUCCUCAGAGAAGAAACGAAUUGAAACUUCUUUUCAAAAUGACAAAAAGAGACUCUUAGCAGAGAAAGAAAAGCUGGAAAAGAACCUACAAGAAGCUGAGAGUGCCAGAAAGUCAUGUGAAGCAAACUGUGAGGAGAAAAUGAAAGACCUUCGAAGUCGAUUGAUAAUAUCUCAACAUGAGCGAGACCAGGACUCUCAAAACUCAGCUGUCAUGUUGAGGGAACUAGAAAGUAAACUGUCUGUGGAGCGCAGUUUGAAGGAACGCACUGAGGCAAUCUUAGAAGAGACACGGCAGCAGCUUCAGCGAUGUGCAGUACCAGCUAGUACAAGAGUCCCUGAACACUAUGAGAAGAAGAUCAGCGAUCUUCAGAAUGAACUGGAACAGGUCAGGUCUCGUCUAAAAAAAGCUGAGCAGCAGGCAGAGGAGCCUCCAUUACUUCGAAAACUCCAAGGGCAGAUGGAAGAAUUACGCACUCAACACAAUCAGGCACUACUGCAGGAGAGGUCCCGUUCCACUGGCAUGGAAGAGUCAGCAAAGGACCUAGCAAAUGCACAUGAAGAGCGUGUGGCAGCCCUUGAGGCUCGCCUGACUGACCUCUCGCUAUCAGUGGCAUCUUAUGACCGAACCCGACAAGAAGACCUUCUGGCCAUACACAAAUUAAAGGAUAAAGUAUCAGAACUGGCUCAGGAGAACACUUUCCUUUUGUCCCGCCUGGAGCCUGACACAGACAACAGUGAAACAGAUAUCAACACACUCUGCCACCACAUCACCAAACUGAGGGACCAGCUCAUCACUGCCAACCUCCACUCACAACACCCAGUGGAUGUGGAAAGCCUCUUGAACGGUGGGGAAAACAUCCACAUUCGGUGCCAGCAGGAAUACGAUCAACUAAAGGAAGAAUUUGAAAAUUAUAAGAUAUCAUCCAAACAACAAACAAAAGCUGUCAAAGAGUCUGUCUGCAAAGGGGAGUGUGGAAAGCAUCUUGAAGAUUUGCGUCAGAAAGUUCGCAACCUCACUUCUGCAGCUCAAUUGGCAGCUGAUUCUCACUCCCAACAAGUUGCCUCAUUACGAAAAGAAUCCACUGCCUUAAAAGCCUCUUACGAGAACCAGCUGCGGCGACUUGAGAGUGACAAUCGUGCAGCAGUGGCAGCCUUGGAGCAGCAGCUGUCUCUUCAGCAGCAGCGCUCUCUUUCCACAUUGAGUGAGCGAGAUGCAGAAAUUCAGCGGCUGACUGAGGAACUCCAUAAGCAAGAGAAGGCACCACCACAGAGUGGCCUUGGUACCCUGGAGGCCACAGCUGCCCUUUUGUCACAGGUGAGUGGAGGGAGUGAGGGGCCCCUCCUUCAUCACCUUGAAGAAUUGGCACGAAAAGACCAGGAAGUUUCUCAGCUACGGCGGGAAAAAAGACAGUUGGAAACAACCAUGCGGGAGGUACAGAUGGCAGCCAUUGUACGUCAGCAAGCUCAGCAGGAUACCAUUGAGGCUUUAGAGGAGGAGGCUGAAAGACAUCGAAGAAAUGUUUCCAGGGAAGGGGAAAACUUGGAAUACCUGAAGAAUGUUGUGCUUCAAUAUAUGGUUAGUUCUGAUGCAGAGUCACGCCAGUUGAUGCUGAAUGCCAUCGCCACUAUUCUUAAAUUCACGAGUAAAGAGCUGGAGAGUGUGAAGAAAUACAAUGCCCUUUGGUGGUGGCAGCCAGCACCAAGGAGUGCAACUCCAGGGAAGCCUUCUCCCACAUCAUAGGAAAAUAUGUGCCUUAUACCAGAGUAAGUAAUAUAUUUUUGAAAGAGUAGCUAUAUUCCUAUAUAAUAUUACCAGCAAAAAUUAUGCAGAAGUUCAAAGUAUGCUAAAUCUUAUACACAAAGUUUCAAACUUAUUGUGGACAUGUGAACCAAAAAUUAUUACCAUAGUUCUAACACUAUCACAUUUCAGAGUAUAUAUAUAUAUAUAUAUAU